AUGGCUGAUGUCGCUGCACAUGACCAGCACGGGCAAGGGAAGUUCACUCUCUUGAAUGACCCCAAAGACAGCGAAAAAUGCCCUAGCGACUGCCCAAUAGCAGAGCAGGGGCAGCCCGAAGAACCUGAAUACAGCACUACCUCAGCUGACAAAGUCCUCUUCCUUCGCUUCUUCGAAGAGAUUGAAUCAUGUGUGGCCCAAGCAGAAGCUUUAUGGAGACGUGUAGCCUUGACAGAGCUAGAUCUAUCAACAGCUUCGACAUGUAUUUACCCCGUCCCAUGCGCUGGCGGCGCUAAGAACUCCAUAAGUUCUCCACUCAUCAAAUCGGAAUUACCGCCUGCCUUUGCGUCAACCCUAACUUAA